AUGAUAAAAAACCCUAAUCCUUUGAAUGCGAAUGAACCAAAAUUAGGAAUUUAGAUUACAUAGCGUAAGAUGUUAGCAGAAGUAGUAAAUAAUAAGACAGUUGAGAAUGCAAAAAUAACCGAUAUUUGCUUUAACAAUUAGAAAUAUAAAACAUAAUUAGCGAGUAUAGAUAUUUCUGGAGUUUUGAAAAUUUGGGAUGUUGCAUAAAAUAGAUUGAUUUAAUAAUUUCAUGCUUCAAAUAUGUGGCUUACAACAGUGGAUGUAGAAAAGUAAGAAGGAAAGAAAGUAGCAUGUGGAACUUUAGAUGGGAAAGUUUUAGUUUAUGAGUAAAUAUAAUAAACAUAAAAAUAAGAAUAAAUCAAAGUAAUAAAAAAGGAAAGAGCUUUAGCAAAGAUAAACCUAACAUUGAAUUGUUUGGUCACUCAGGUUCAAUAUAAUGUGUUUAAUUUUUGAGUCCAUAAUAUAUAAUUGUAUAGAAAAUAAUAUUAUAUAGGCAGGAUCAACAGAUUCAUUAGUAUCAUUGUGGGAUUUGGAAAACCCUUAAAGAUAUUUAGCCAUUCAUUAAUAGCAUACAGGUGAUGUUCUAUCUUUACAUGCUUAUGAAAAUGAUAGCAAUAUAUUUAUAUCUGGUUCUAGUGAUUUAACUUGCAAAAUCUGGGAUAUAAGAGUUAAAAAACCUGUUUAAGCAGAAUAUAAAGGUAAUAAUUAAAUUUUAAAUAGGUCAUGAAUCAGCAGUAAAUACAGUGAAAUUUAUUCAAAUGCCUUAGCCAACUACAUUUGUUACUGGAAGUGAUGAUGCAUCAAUUAAUUUAUGGGAUUUAAGAAUGAAAGAUCCAAUUGUAUCAUUUUAAGAUAGUUGUUACUAUGAUUCUAUUUAUUCCAUUGCUAUUUCAUUAAGUGGAAGAUAUAUAUUUGCAGCUAGCGAGAAUUCAACUUUGAAAGUCUUUGAUGUUUUAGGAGAUACUGAUAUAUAUACUAAUUUAGAUGUUGGACUUUAGUAAAAUGAUGGAUUAAUCAAAUCAAUUGAUAUAUCAGCAGAUGGUUAUGCUUUGGGAAUGGCAUUAGGAACGAAAAGCAAUCAUAAAGAUUUAUUAGUAAUUAUGUGAUUAUAUAAAUAUAUAAAUUAGUUAUAAUAAUAAAGGAUAAUAUGCUUAUUUUUUUGCACUUAACGUUAGUGUCCUUUGCAUAGAAGUAUUUUUGAUUUAAGAUUAUUAAGACCACCAGUUCUAUUUGGUUAUGAUGUAUAAGGACAAAUUUGUGAAAUGGGAGUUGCUGAUUGUCAACCAACUUAAUACAUUCCAUGUGAAUUUGGAUAUUUCUUAUAUGUUGACGCUUUAAAUUAAAAAAAUUGUUUACCUUGGUAUUUAGAUUAACUAAAAUAGCCCAUAUUUUCUGUUUUAAGACCAGUUGAACAUAUUAUGUGGAGAUUGUUUGGAGGAUCCUUACAAUUGGUAAAAGUCUAGAGCUUGUACAUAUAAUUAUAGAAUUCAAACAGGAAUUGAAAGGUAGGUUUAUUUAAGAGAAAAUGUUUAGAAAACUAUAUUCUUUAUAUAAGAAAAGGCAACAAAUAUUGUAAAUCUAAUAAGACCUGUAAAAUUUAAAUAUGAAUUAUAAAUUUGUGAGGGAUGUAGUUAAUUUUGUGUUUUAGAACAAAAUAAAGUUAAUAGUGAUGAAGGAGAUGAAGGAAAUAAUGAUGAAGGAAAUGAUGAAAAUAAUGAUGAAGGGAAUGAUGAAAUUAAUAUUGGAGGAGAUGAAAUAGAUGAAGGUGAUGAAGGAGAUGAAGGUUUAUCCUGUUAUGAUAAUAAUUAAUAAGAUAAUUUAUACAAUGGAAUUCUGUGUUAAGAUCAUUAUUAUUAUAUUGAUAAUGAAUGUAGANUUUAUAUCUGGUUCUAGUGAUUUAACUUGCAAAAUCUGGGAUAUAAGAGUUAAAAAACCUGUUUAAGCAGAAUAUAAAGGUAAUAAUUAAAUUUUAAAUAGGUCAUGAAUCAGCAGUAAAUACAGUGAAAUUUAUUCAAAUGCCUUAGCCAACUACAUUUGUUACUGGAAGUGAUGAUGCAUCAAUUAAUUUAUGGGAUUUAAGAAUGAAAGAUCCAAUUGUAUCAUUUUAAGAUAGUUGUUACUAUGAUUCUAUUUAUUCCAUUGCUAUUUCAUUAAGUGGAAGAUAUAUAUUUGCAGCUAGCGAGAAUUCAACUUUGAAAGUCUUUGAUGUUUUAGGAGAUACUGAUAUAUAUACUAAUUUAGAUGUUGGACUUUAGUAAAAUGAUGGAUUAAUCAAAUCAAUUGAUAUAUCAGCAGAUGGUUAUGCUUUGGGAAUGGCAUUAGGAACGAAAAGCAAUCAUAAAGAUUUAUUAGUAAUUAUGUGAUUAUAUAAAUAUAUAAAUUAGUUAUAAUAAUAAAGGAUAAUAUGCUUAUUUUUUUGCACUUAACGUUAGUGUCCUUUGCAUAGAAGUAUUUUUGAUUUAAGAUUAUUAAGACCACCAGUUCUAUUUGGUUAUGAUGUAUAAGGACAAAUUUGUGAAAUGGGAGUUGCUGAUUGUCAACCAACUUAAUACAUUCCAUGUGAAUUUGGAUAUUUCUUAUAUGUUGACGCUUUAAAUUAAAAAAAUUGUUUACCUUGGUAUUUAGAUUAACUAAAAUAGCCCAUAUUUUCUGUUUUAAGACCAGUUGAACAUAUUAUGUGGAGAUUGUUUGGAGGAUCCUUACAAUUGGUAAAAGUCUAGAGCUUGUACAUAUAAUUAUAGAAUUCAAACAGGAAUUGAAAGGUAGGUUUAUUUAAGAGAAAAUGUUUAGAAAACUAUAUUCUUUAUAUAAGAAAAGGCAACAAAUAUUGUAAAUCUAAUAAGACCUGUAAAAUUUAAAUAUGAAUUAUAAAUUUGUGAGGGAUGUAGUUAAUUUUGUGUUUUAGAACAAAAUAAAGUUAAUAGUGAUGAAGGAGAUGAAGGAAAUAAUGAUGAAGGAAAUGAUGAAAAUAAUGAUGAAGGGAAUGAUGAAAUUAAUAUUGGAGGAGAUGAAAUAGAUGAAGGUGAUGAAGGAGAUGAAGGUUUAUCCUGUUAUGAUAAUAAUUAAUAAGAUAAUUUAUACAAUGGAAUUCUGUGUUAAGAUCAUUAUUAUUAUAUUGAUAAUGAAUGUAGAGAAUGUUAAUAAAAUUGCAAAUCUUGUAAUUCUAAAAAAUGUAUGAGUUGUAAUGAUGGAUAUUAUUUGGAUUCAUCAUCAUUUUGUUAAAUGUGCUAAUAGGGAUGUUUAAAAUGUGAAUAUUCAGUUUAUGAUAAUGUGUUGUUAUGUUUAUAAUGUUCAAAAGUAAAUGGAGAAUAUUUAAUUGAAACAACUGAUUUUUAAAAUUGUUAACUUUGCGAAUAUUAAUGUGAAAGAUGUGAAUAUAUAGCUUACAUUUAUUAUAAUGAUGCAAAUGAUAUUUAUUUAGAAUAUGGUACCAGAGAUCAAUAUUAUGAUCCUUACAACAAUUAUAUACUUAGAUGUAGAUAAUGUGUUUCAUCAUCGUAAUUUAUUUCUUAUGAUGGGUAAACAUGUGAAGAAUGCAUUAUUUCAAAUUGCUAAUAGUGCUAUUAUGAAUUAAAUAAAGGCACUACUCUAGAUAUUGAUUUUAUUCCAACUUAUUCUCCAAAAAGUUCAGAUAUGUUAUGUUAUUUAUGCUAAGAAGGAUAUUAUCUACAAAUAGAUAAAAAAGCAUGUAUUAAAAUAUCAGAUGUCCCUACUCCUGAAUGUAGUUCUUACAAUGAAGGUGAGAAUUCAAAAUGCACAUUAUGCAAUUAAUAUCCACUAGAUUUAUAAACUAAAGAUGAUCAAAAAUGUUUUACAACUAAAACAUGUUCUAAACUUAUUAAAAAUUGUGAGAAAUGUUUUAUUCAAAGUAGACCUGAUAGUUCAGAUUCAACUGCAGCAGCUAUGUCAAUAUGUACUUAAUGUAUUAAUGGUUAUUAUCCUGAUAUAUUUUCUGGUAAAUGCUAAAAUUGUCCAAUUAAUUGUAAGACUUGUUGGUAAUAUACUCCUAGUUAUAAUUUUACAUCCUAUUUACAAACAUAUUAAACUAUUUCUUAAGAACAGUUCUCCCUUUUCAUACUUGAACCUUUAUAAGAUACUAAAUGUACUAAAUGUUAAGAUGGAUUCACUUUAUAUGGUAAUCAAUGUAUGGGAUGUACUAGUAAUUGUAAGAGUUGUUAUGAAGAUGAUGAAAAAGCAUUCUGUUAUUAUUGUAGCUCACCAGAUCAAUAAUCUAUUGUUGCUGAUAUGAGUGAAUGUUAAGAAUGCCCAAAAUAUUGUGCUGCUUGUAGAGAUAGAAUUGAUACUGAUCCUAUUGUUAAUAGAUACUUUAAUCCUGUGAGUGACAUACUCUUUAAAUAUAGUAGAUUAUGUUAUAAAUUAAAUUAAUAAGCUAAAGAAACUCCUAAUUAUUGUGUCUUUAUUGAUAAUAAAAUUGGACUACCUGUUAGUUGUUUCCAUUCUGAUUGUCCUAAUACCAAAUAAUACAAAUGUUUUAAUAAAGAUGAAGUUAAAAUAGAUUUUGAUUGCGAUAAGGAUCUUGAAUAAAAAUAUAAUUCUGCUAAAACUAAAAUUUCUAUUAUUACAUUCUAAGAAUAAGAUUCUUUUGAUAAAUAUCUAAUUUACAAUGAAAAUACAAUUAAAGAAUUAAUUAUCAAACUAAAUUUUAUUGGAAAUACAUGCCAAUUCAAAAAAGAAUCUUAAUUUAAGUUUUCUUUUCUAUAAAAUGUUUAUUCCUUAUAAAAAGUUAAAUUAAAUAUCAACUCAGAUUUAACUACAUAAUAAUUAUGGUUAGCUACUGGAAUCAUUUCAUUUCUUGGUGUAUCUGAAGUGUAAAUUAACAAUAUUCAAAUCUAAUAUACUAAAAAUCCUAAUUUAAACACUCCAAAAGAAUUUGGAUUUAUGAUUAAAAGUUAAGAAGAAGUUUAAUUUAGUUUAUCAAACAUUGAAUUCAUAAAAGAUAAAUACCAAAAUUAAAAAUUAAUUAUAAGUGUUGAAAAUCCUAUUAAUUUUACUAUGUAAAAUGUUAAAAUUAAAAAUAUUGAAACAAAAGACUAAGUUGUCUCUUUUAACUAUAGUUUAAGUUCUCUCAACUAUUAAGAUUUUAAAAUGAUUAAUGUAGAACUAACUGAUUGUGAUUACAACUUUUCAACAUUAAUUGCUUUUACUAACAUUGCUCCAUCCCUAUUUUUGAAAAUCAGUGAUCUAAAAAUUAUACGAGGUAAUUUUGUUAGUUCAUCAAUUAUUAAAUCUAUCAUUUAAACAAACAAUUUAUUUUAUGAAAUUGAUAAACUAACAUUGAUGUUCAAUUACUUUUAAGAUAGCACUCUAUUCUCAUUAGCCAAUCUUUAAACAUCACAGUAAUUUUCUAAUAUAGAUAUACUAUAUAAUCGCUUUAUUAACAGUAAAGCAUUUCUAAUGAAUUCGUUUUAGUUUUCUCAAUUUUAUUUUGAUAAAAACAUUCUUCAAAAUAAUUCUAUUAUAUUUUAAUCUGUAAAAGAAUUAAAAACUAAUGAUUAAUUAUAAAGCUCUUUAAUGGAAUAUAAAUUUGAUAAAAUUAAAAUUGCCAAUACUAAUUGUUAUUCAAUUAACUGUUUCAUGAUUAUGAGUACUCCAAUUAAUACUUAUUCUAUUACAACUACAAUUACUUUCAGCAAUGUUUAGAUUUCUAACAUAGGAUUAUUAGACAUAACUUAAUAAUAAGUAUUUUUAACUACAUCAGCUUUAAUAAAUUGGAAUAAUUUCUAAGAUAUAAAAUUAUCAAAUUUACAGUUUGAUAAUAUUUAAGGUUUAACAAUAUUUUAUAUAUCUACAAUUAAAACUUUAACACUUACUACAUUGAAAUAUGACUGGAGUUAAUCAAAUCUUUAUUAAUAAAAAGUAAGUCCAUACAACAAUCUUAUACCAACAACAAUAGACUGUUCUGAUAAUAAAGUAACCUACUCUUCAUUUUCUUACAUUUUAUUUUUUAUUUAUUAAUUUUCAAGUAAUAUCACAAUUACUGAUGUUUUGAUCUAAAGACAAUUAUUAAUAGAUGCAUCUUUAUUUUACAUUUAAUCCUAUGAUGUAGCCUAUCUAAAUACUACAAUAGGUAACACAGCUGAGAGUAUUAAUUUAUCAGGAUUUUAAAUAUUAAAUAACUCUUUAGUAUCUACUAAAAAAGGUUUAUUUACAGGCUGUCUCAAUAUUGAAUCAAAUUAAAUUUAAAUGAUUACUAUGAAUAAUCUCAACUUUUAAAGUAAUCAUCUCUAAUAACUAAUAUCUAAAUAAACAAUUACCAUUGCUACUCUAUUUUAAAUAUCUUCACCAAAAUCAAAUAUCAAAUUGACUCAAUUAUUAUCUGAAUAUAAUCGAGCUAUCAAAAGUGAUUUCGGUUUGAUAAAAAUCGAUUGCCAAAAAAUCACAAUCACAAAUGCAACAUUUAGAUACACCAACAUGAUUGAUAAGUUAUGGGUUAAACGUAUUGAACCUAAUUAAAUAAUUACAUCUGAUGAUAUCUUGUCAUUCUUUGAAAUUAAAUCUUAUGGAGCAAUUAUGGACUUAACAACAUCUACAGCUACAAUUUCAUAGCUCUUCAUCAAUUAUACAAGAGGAAUCUAAGCUGGUAUAAAAUUGACUACUAUUUAAACAGCUAAAAUUUCAAUUAAAGAUUCUUCUUUAUAAAACAUUUUUAGUAGUCUAGAAUUGAAACAUUCAUCUAUAGGAGGAAGUUUCUAUAUUGAUUCAACAUAAUCAAGUUUAAAUUGUAUAAUGUCAAAUAUAAGUAUAAUAAAUAGUAGAGUUAGAUAAACAGGUGGCUGCAUUUAUCUUUUAGCCUCUAAUAAAAAUUAAAAUGUAACUAUAGAAAAAUCUAAUUUUCAAGAAUGUUAAGCUUUAGAGACAUCAUUUAUGAAGGUUGAUUUCCUUGCAGAUUCUGUAUUUUAAUAAGUUAGUCUACAUGAUGUGAAUGUAAUUGAUAAUAGCAUUGAUAAAUUAAUGAGUGUUGUCCCAUAAAUCUAAAUUUUUGAAUUCUUAUAUUUUCUAUAAACUAGCAGUGUUUAUACUCAAAAUAAUGGAAGGCUAAUAAUAAGUGACACAUUAUUUUAUAAAACUAAUUAUACUUCUGUUCUAUCUUUAAAUUAGUUAAAAUUGCUUUAUAUCAACAAAUUAUCAAUUCUUAAAGGAUAUUUAUUUUAUAACCCAAUUAUUUCACUAAGUUUCUUAUAGUCUGGGGGAUAAGCAUAUAUUGGUAAUUUAGACAUAAUUUAAUUUACAGAAACAGAUUAUUCAAAUAUCUAAUAAAAUUGUACUUCUUUGUUUCCUUAAUCCUUUACAUAUAUAAUCUCUGAUCAAAAUUGUGAUCAAAUCUAAUUAGUAAAAGAGUAGUUGGAUGAAAUUGAUGAUUUAGAUGAGAUAUAUGAAUAUUAUGAUGAGAAUUAAGAAAAAAUAUAUAAAACAUAAACCUCGAAUAGUAAGUAUAAUCCAACAAAUAUUUAAAAUGCAAAAUUUGAUAAAGAAUCUGAUAUAAUAGAAAUUUUGAUUACUUUAAAUGUAUAAUUAGUCAGGUGUUUGAUGAACAACAUUUUGUAUUUAAGUAAAUAAUUAAAUUUGGAUAAAUUUACAUCUUUGUUUUAUGUAAAAGAAGUGAAAGAUAAUAAUUUGAUUUAAAUAAAGAAAAUGUAAAUAGUUUAAAACCAAUGCUUUUAAUGUAGGGGAGGUUUACUUUAAGUUAGAAGUAUUUCUGAUUUUAAUACAAAAGAGUUGAUAUCUAUAUCAGAGUUUUUCUGUUAAUAUAACAUAGUUGGUUAUUAUGGCUGUGCAUCCCUGCUAUUUGAAGAAAAUAUCAAUGAUGUAACAUUAUUAUCUGAGAUAAUUGAUGAAAAUAUUAAAGGUUAAAGACUAUUGUAAUCUUCUUCUAUUGAAUCAUUGAAUCAUACAAUAAUAAUUUCUAGUUAUUAAUGCAAUAAUAAUUUAGCAAGGGCUGGAACAUGUUUAAAUUUAAGAGGUGUUACAGCAAUAAUUGAAGAUAGUUUAUUUAGUAGUAACAAUGCAUCUUUGGUUGGAGGAUCUAUCUAUUUUGAAAAUUUAGGUACUAAUAAUAUGUAUUUAUAAAAUAAUCAAUUUGUUAAUAAUUAUGCCUAAAUUGGAGGAGCAAUUUAUUUGUUAAAUUAUUAAUUAAGUAACACUGACAAAUUAAGUUUAAGUUUUGAUAAAAAUUUAGCAGAUGAUGGUGGAACUGACAUUUAGGAACUCACAAUAUAAUAAACAUUGUAAUUAAUAAAUAUUCCUUUUGCAUCUUAAACUUAUUUAAAUUAUGAUGGUGAUGAAUCUAAUGAUGGUUCAAUAGAUAAUAGCAGUGUAGUAAUUAAAGACAAUAUUACUUUGGAAUAUCAUAAAUUAGGAAAUUAUCCAGAAUUAACAAAUCUUUUAAUUUUACCAUCAGGACAAAGAAUCUCAAAGUACUUAUAUUUUUAUGAGGUUACUUAAGAAUAAGUCCCAUUCGAAUGGGUAUUUAGAAUUAUAAAUCUAAAUAGAUUUGGAGAUGUUGUAAAGAAUAGCAAACCAGAUGAAAGUUGUACAAUUGAUGGAAGAAUUUAAAAUUCAACUUCAUAUAAUGAUUAAUUAUCUUUUAGUAACAAUUUUACAGUUCCAACAAAAGUAUAUUAUAACUCAGAGAAAGGAGGAUUCGAUAUGGAUGAUUUGAUUUUGAUAUUCGAUCCUUUAUCUCCUCCAAAUUUAUAUUUGGAACUUCGAUUUACAUGUAAUUCUGUUGCAUUACCGAUAUACAAUGCAAAGCCCCCUUAUCAAAUAAUUGGAUAUAAUAAGAAUUAUGAAUUGUAUGCUAGAGUUCGUACAUUUCCAUGUUAGAUUGGAGAAGCUUAUGAUUCUCAAUAAUGUAAAGCAUGUUAAAAAUCUGAUUUAGCCUAUUCAGUAGAGGUAGGAUCUGUUUUAUGUAAAUAAAUGAAUAGAUUAACAAUGAAAACGGUCUCACCUACUGGAAUUAACUUAAUUUAAGGUUAUUGGAGACCAAUAUAUUUAAAUGAUGAGAUUGAAUAUUGUGUAAAUCUACCUAAUAAUUGUAAUGGAGGAUGGAUACCUGGUAAUCCAUCUUGUUAUACUGGACAUGUUGGAGCUUUAUGUGAAUCCUGUGAUAUAUAUAUGAUUUAAACUGAAUAAAGAUGGGCUCCAUCCAAUCCAUACAAAUGUGGAUUAUGUAAAGAUUCAGAAAGCUUUAAUAUGAUCAUUAUCAUUGCUAUAUCCGUUUUAACUAUGAUUUCAACAAUCAUGUCAGUCAAAGGAACUUUUGAAGCUCUCCAAUUAUAAAUUGUAUAAAAAGCAGCAAUCAUGAUUGGUAUAAGACUUAAAUCAAAUUCUUCCAAUUUAGCUACUAUGGUUUAAACUCUCACUAAUUAUUUUCAAAUUGUAUAAAUUGUUAUGACUUUUUAAUUACAAAUUCCAAGUGGUGUUUAAACUGCUACAUAAACAGCUGGUAAUCCAACUGGAUCUAUGGCUUAUUCACUUGAUUGUUUACUCAUCAAAAUUACUGAUAUAGAACUAUUAUAUUUUAAGAUGAUUUGGGCUUUAGUUAUGCCUUUGAGUUAUUUAGGUGCAAUAAUUUUAGGAUACCUUAUUAUUUGUAUACUUGGAAUUGCUAAAUUUUCAUAGUCAAUAAUCUAUACUGCAUUUAUUUACAUGUUCUUAUAUAUGCAUCCAACCCUUGUAUAAGGAUUUAUCUCUUAAGCUUCUAUAAGAACAAUCAGUGGUCUACCAUGGGUCAAAGCUGAUGUUGGAUAUAGAUAUGAUAGUGAUCUUCAUAAUUAUUGGAUGGCUCGUUUUAUUGGACCUAUGCUCAUUCUUUGGGUCAUUGCAUUACCUGGAUUAUUUAUGUUUAUGGUCUGGCUUAAAAGAAAAAAACUUGAUUUGAUGCAAACCAAAAUGACUCUAGGGUAUUUUUAUAGAUAAUACUCUCAUGAAAGUUAUCUCUGGGAAUUUGUUAAAAUAUUUCAAAAAGAAUUCUUUGUUAUUAUUUUAGUCUAUUAUGAAGAAUAUGUUAUCAUUAAAGGAUUACUUAUCGUUUUAGUACUUUUUAUUUAUGGAUGGUAUCAAGUUUCAGUUAGUCCAUAUCAGAGUAAAACCUUAAAUCAAACUGAUAGAUAUUCUACUAUGGUUUGUGCUGCAACACUUUGUUUGGGUAUUUUAAUGUAUGGAGCUUAAUUGAAAGAUUAUUUCUAUCUUUAAGUCAUUAUUCUAAUUAUUUUAGCAUUUUUAAAUCUUUGGUUUAUUAUAAUGUGUAUUCUUUAAAUAUUUGAAGGUUAUCUUAUUUAAUUCUAAGUAAUUAUUUAUCAUUAUUCUAUUUAUAGAAUCAAUUAGAUUUGAUUAGAGAAAAGUUGCUCAAAUCAAAACCACAAUUAUCAAAUAAAAAAGGAUUUAUUGGGAAACUACUUAUUCAUAGAGGAAAUAUGAAUAAAAGGGUAAAAAUUCUUUGGUAAUUAUUAUAAUCAAGAACUCUUACAGCUGUUAAAAUUACUAAAUUAUCUGAAGAAGUUUCAUUUGAGGAUGCCCUAGAUUAUGUUAUCAAAAAUGAAAUUGAUGAAACUUAAAUUAUGAAAUGUCCAUCAAAAAAAUAAUUUGAAAAACUAAAUAGUCAAGAAAAUGAAUGA